AUGGAGCGUAUACAGUCGUUUACAGCUGUAUACGAAGUUCGUAAUCGUCGACCUGGGUUAUUUUUAUUUUCAGGUUCAAAACUCGAUAUUCAUAUGACUAGUACUGAUCGUAAAUUUCCAUAUGACGAAGAUGUAAUUGUGGUAGCUCAAGCUUCUCCUAAUUAUAAGAUGCAAAUUAAACAUUUUACUAAUAUUGGAAUUUUUACAAUUGAUGUUGUAAAAAUAUCCAGCUCGUUAAAAAAACUAUGUUACAAUUCAACAAGCAUUAAAGAAGAACACCCCAAGAGAAAUACCAUUAUUAUUCUUGCUAAACGCUCGAUGGUUUAA